AGACUUUUAUUGUACUUCGGAUAUCGUUCACUGAAUUUUAUCCGCCGCUCAAACUUUAUUUAUAUCAGAAAAUUUUAUGACUCCGCAAGAGUAUUUAUUACUCGAGAAAGUUAUUCAGUAAAAGAAUCAGUUACCGCGGGCCGAGAUGCAGAUGGAAGGACGCUGAGCAUGAAAAUCUCGACCUUGUUCCUGCUCCUCGUUAUCGAGCCGAUAUUUACUAAGAUUCGGCACGAAACGGGCAAAAAAUAUUCGAAAAGAGGAUUCACAGAUGAAAAAAAAUUAACGAUAGCAACGCUUAUUCCUUUCGAGAAUAAAAUUUUUGGAAAAAAUAAGCUGGAACCAGCAGCAGUUCUUGCACAGAAAAAAAUUGUCGAAUAUGGCUAUCUAACUCCAUAUAAAUUGGACAUAAAGUACAGAGAUUCUAAAUGCACCGACACGGAUGGUAUGAACGAAGCCAUUAACUUUUAUGUAAACGGUACCAUCACAGGAUUCUUGGGACCCAUUUGCGAUUACACAUUAGCCCCAUUGGCCCGACAGCUCAGCAUCUGGAAAUUUCCAUUAAUAACUGUUGGAGGACUAGCAAGAGAUUUUGGAAAAAAAGCAUCAUAUCCAAUAACAAGAGCGGGGCCAGCAUCUCCAACGUCUUUAGUAGAUUUUUUCAAAAAAAUAAGACAAGAAAACAAAUGGAAGAAACUGAAAGCUAUAUGGGAGUUUGAUUCCUUUUCUUCAACCUAUCCAAGAAUUUGUAGAUUGAUAACAGAAAGUUUAGUGUUAGGUGACACCGAAGCAAAAUACGACACCUAUAAGCUUCUCGUAACUAGGAAUUCGUCAGGGCCAGUUUAUACAUACUCAAUGCCAGAUAAGUAUGUGGAGGAACUGCUGAAGGAAGAAGUGGGAAAUAAGUUCGCAGGUAGGGAAAUCAUUAAUUCUUUUACAACUGUUAAUACAAGGAAGGCGAUUCUUAUAAAAAGAUUAAGCCCAAUUUAUAAAGAAAGAGAGUUGUAUGAAAAGGGAGGGUAAGAUUAUUGUAGAGAAAGAACCAAAAUUCUUGCUAACGCGCAGGAAAUUGUUCGUUGGUUUGUAGGCCUAUUUGCUUUCGGUAACUAUAGUAAUUGAUGGAGUUCGAGCUAUAGAUAUAAAAAAAGAGACGCGAGUACAAAUCAGGUACAGUACUAGAAAUUCCAC